AUGGGCAAACGGACGCGCGAGCGCGAGGCGGCCGCGUUGCUGCCGAUGGCCAAGCGGCUGCAGCAGUCGGCCGAUGCGAUCAUUGCCGCACCCAAGGCCGAGGAAGAUGACCUCGAAGCGCAGAUCAAGGCGCUGGAGGCCGACCUCGGCUCGAGCUCCGACGACGACUCCGAUAGCUCGAGCGAUGACGACGAGAGCGGCGACGAGGCGCCGGCCGCCGUCGUGAAUCUGUCCGAGUACCAGAAUGACGUUGUCCCAUCGCUCCCGGAAGAGCUCUUGCCCAAGGUCUCUUGCCAAUCGAACAAGGUUGCCACGCACAAGAAGCCCAAGACGGCGGCGCCGGCCAAGGUCAAGAUCGUGGGCAAGGUUCCGUUUGCGUGCAAGCCCUGUGGCUUUAUCGGCGCCGACCUCGACGACUUCUUGGCGCACAAGAAAACGACUGCGCACCUCGAAGAGUGUGGCCAAGUCGGCUUCAAGUGCAAGCUUUGCGUCAAGGAGUUUACGAGCGCCGACCAGCUCGCCGAGCACAAGCUUGGCAAGUGGCACCUCAUGCGCGUGCGCACAAAGAAGGACAAGUUCGUCGUCCAAGGCCCGCGCGUUUGCUACGACUUUCUGCGCGGCAAGUGCUCGUACGGCGACAAGUGCUCGUUUGAGCACAGCGCCAAGACGAGCGCGACCAAGAUCUGCAAUCAAUUCGUAGCGGGCACCUGCCGGUUCGGUGACAAGUGUAUAUUUGCCCACUCGAAAGAAUAG